CGGGCGCUUCGGGGAGCUGGAGUGUGGUACCUGGCGGAGCGCGGCUCUCCUCAGUGAGUCAAGGCUGCCAGUCCCGGGAGGAGGAGCAGCGCCCGCGCAUGUGAUUUUUUUUUUGCCCCACCAUCACCCCUUCCAGCCGACCCCGGGGGACCUUAGCAGCAGCAGGAGCCUCCAGCUCCCCUGCAGGGACUUGCCUCCUGGAGAAAGUUUGCUUUUAUUUUAUCCGCCCCCCGAUUUUCUUGACCCCUCCUAGAGCAGCGGGCUCCUGCCCCUGCCAACGCCGCAGCUGGCUCGCGCCGGGGGCUUCGGGGCGGGCUGGCGAGCCGCGCGUGUCCCACCGCGGGGCUGGGCAGCGGGGGCUGCUCCGCGCGCAGCCGGCGGCUCCCGGCCCUGAGUCCCCGCGGGCUGUGUGAGCGGGGCAGCGGCGGGGCGCGUUUGCUGCCUGUGGGGGCGGGAAGCCGCCCACCCCCACCCCGGGCGCACACCGGUUGCACCUGAGCUGCCCCGUCCUCCCCGCCGCAUUACCACCGCAGCCCUUCCUCGGGGUCUGCCUGCGCGGCCGGGGGAGGGGGCAGAGAGUGACCAUGCGAGAGAGAGGGAAGGUUUAACCCCCUCGCCUCCCCCCCCCACACUCAUGAAUUAACUCCCGAGGGGGGGAGCAGCAGAGCCCGGGGACAGAAGGAGCCGGGCAUCCCUCGUCUGCCUCAGAGGCGAGCCAGCAGCAGCCGCAGCAGCACCCGGCUGGGAGCGAUGCCUCUGAGGCUCGCCUGGCUUUGGUGGGGGGGGCUGCUGUGCAGCUGCUGCUGCUCCCCGCCGCCGCCCGCGCUGCCCCUGCUGCCCGCCGCGGGGGCGCUGCUGGCGGACGGCAGCAGGGAGCAGCCGCAGCCUCCAGCCUCCCCCUCGCCGGGAUUCCUCUACCGGCGCCUCAAGUCGCACGAGAAGCGGGAGAUGCAGAAGGAGAUCCUGUCCGUGCUGGGGCUGCCGCACCGGCCCCGGCCGCUGCACGGGCUGCAGCCGCGGCCGCCUCCUCCCCAGCAGCAGCUGCUGCCCCCGCCGGGCAGGCUCAACUCGGCUCCUCUCUUCAUGCUGGAUCUGUACAAUGCCCUGUCCAGCGAGGAGGAGCAGGGGCCGGGGGCAGAGCGCCGCCGCCUGCAGCCCCCCACCGCUCACACCCUGCAGCGCAAGACCCUCAUCCCCCAGCCGGGACCCAGCGGCGGCUCCCCCUCGGCCAGCUCGCAGGACAGCGCCUUCCUCAACGAUGCGGACAUGGUCAUGAGCUUUGUGAACCUGGUUGAAUAUGACAAGGAGUUCACACCUCACCAGCGACACCACAAAGAGUUCAAGUUUAACUUGUCCCAGAUCCCAGAGGGGGAGGCGGUUACUGCUGCGGAAUUCCGAAUCUACAAGGACUGUGUCGUGGGGAGUUUUAAAAAUCAAACCUUUCUUAUCAGCAUCUAUCAAGUCCUGCAAGAGCAUCAGAACAGAGAUUCUGAUCUGUUUUUGCUGGAUACCAGAGCAGUGUGGGCCUCAGAAGAAGGCUGGCUGGAGUUUGACAUCACUGCCACCAGUAACAUGUGGGUGAUGAACCCUCAGCAUAACAUGGGACUCCAGCUGAGUGUGGUGACCAGGGAUGGUCUCAGUGUAAACCCUAGAGCAGCAGGCCUGAUAGGCCGAAAUGGCCCUUAUGACAAGCAGCCUUUCAUGGUGGCCUUUUUCAAAGUGAGUGAGGUUCAUGUUCGGACCACUAGGUCAGCCACAAGCAGGCGCAGGCAGCAGAAUCGAAACCGCUCCACUCAGGCUCAAGAUGUUUCCAGGGUAUCUAGUAUUACAGAUUACAACAGCAGUGACCUAAAAACAGCUUGCCGAAAGCAUGAACUUUUCGUUAGCUUCCAAGAUUUGGGAUGGCAGGAUUGGAUAAUUGCACCAAAAGGCUAUGCAGCAAACUACUGUGAUGGAGAAUGCUCUUUCCCACUCAAUGCACACAUGAAUGCCACCAAUCAUGCCAUUGUACAAACUUUGGUUCAUCUUAUGAAUCCUGAAUACGUUCCCAAACCCUGUUGUGCACCUACCAAACUAAAUGCCAUAUCCGUUCUUUACUUUGAUGAUAACUCCAACGUUAUUUUGAAAAAAUAUAGGAAUAUGGUAGUAAGAGCGUGUGGGUGUCACUGACACACAAACAUUCUUCACCCAGACCUACUGUGCAAUUCUACCAUGAACUUCUAGAUUAUACCUACCUGACCUUGGAGAAAGUCGAGAUGAAGCAGACUUCCAAAACACAAUGUGUGCGCCUUCUGAGAGGAAGCAGCAGGAUACUUCUUCAUUGACAUGCACUCACUUUGUAAUGGGAACAGGUGCUGGAUUUUUUUU